UAUAAGGUAAUUAAUAUGGAAUCACAAACGAAUAAAUGAGUAAUAUAUAGACAAACAAUUUUUAUAGAUAAGUUGGAAAAAUAAGACCAAAAUUUCUAGGUACGUUCUAGCAAAAAAAGAAAAGGUCUCUUGACAAAACCCACGAGCUAGGGUUAAGAAUAGCAGCAACUAGGUAGUUGACAUUUUAUUUUAAAACAAUUAAUUAUAUAUUUAAAUUCAUUUAAAUUAGCUAUUGUUAGCCACCUUCUUAUAUUGUCUAUAAAAGGAAGCCUCCUAAUACUCAUAUUUGUGUACCUUAAACAUUGCUUUCAUCAUUCAAUAGUUUGCUACUUUUAUCACAUAAUUAUCGAUUUUCUUGUCACGAAAAUGAAAACUUUACUAGUGUUUGUGCUCGUUUUUCUGUCUCUUACCAUGGUUUAUGGAGCUGGUAAGGCUCCGGUUAAACCCGGUUUGAGAUUGGACUUUUACAAAAGUACUCGUUGUCCACAAGCCGAGCAGCUUGUGAAACAAGUUACUGAAGCUAGAGUCCGUAGAGACGCUACCUUGGGUGCUAAGCUUAUUCGCUUGCAUUACCAUGAUUGUUUCGUUAAGGGAUGCGACGCAUCGAUACUUUUGGACACGGUAGGUACGACUCAAUCGGAAAAGGAUGCAAGGCCAAAUCUGUCAUUGGGCGGGUUCGACGUUAUCGAUGAAAUCAAGACGCGCGUCGAAAAUGUUUGCCCCGGAAUUGUUUCUUGUGCUGAUAUUCUUGCACUCGCUGCCCGUGAUGCUGUUUCUCUUCCUUUCAAUAGGCCGAUGUGGAAUGUGCUGACCGGAAGAAAAGACGGCCGGGUUUCUCUGUUGUCGGAUGUCACCGGCAACUUACCUUCUCCGUUUUCGAAUUUUGCGACGCUUCAGAAUCUGUUUUCGAAUAAAAAUUUAGACAUCAAUGAUCUCGUUGCAUUAUCAGGUAAUUAAUGGGUAAAUUACAACCAUUCCUGAG